AUGUUAUCAAAUCAACUGAUAAGACACUUUUCCCGCGGUACCAACAGUUUCAGAAGACGUACCAAGACUACUGUACAGAAGGUCAAAAUUGAGAAGCUCCGCCCAUUUUUCAACAAAAAUUCUUCGCUACCCAAUGGCAUUCAAAAUGAUGCGGACGCCAAACUUUUUUCUAAGGAAUUACAGCCAGGGGAGCGGAAAUUGUUGUUCGAUGCGUUGAGAAAAAUUACUGCCGAUCAAUACAACGAGCAUAAAAAGGUGGUAGAUGUGACUAUAGAUCACGAGGACCUUGUCAAAGUGUGGUACAUAAAUUUUAUCCCAAUGUUUGUCUAUGGUUGCUUGGAUGAGGCUUUAAUUAUUAUUGGAGGUGAAAGUAUCAAUAAGUAA